AUGACUAUUGAAUCGGAUUUGGAAAAGAAUAGAGUUGAAGAAUUAGAUCAUUUAUUGACGUUAAUCAAGCCGAAAAUUCUCCAAUACAUUGCUGAAGCCGAUCACAGUUCGCCCAAAUACAAACCAGCCUCAUUGGGUACAUACCACGAACCAAACUUUUUAAAACAGGAGUUUAUCAACGAUGGAGACAAUAACUUGGUAAAGCCAGCUAGUGAGGAUCAAUUAUGGGAGAUUAUUGAUAAAGUGUUGGCAUACUCGGUCAACACCUGGAAUCCAGGGUUUUUGGAUAAAUUGUAUGCGUCGAAUAAUCCCAUUGGUGUGAUUUCGGAUAUCAUCUUGAGUGUGUUGAAUACGAAUUCGCAUGUAUAUACCGUGUCACCAGUGUUGUCGGUGUUGGAGAAUUACAUUGGCAAAAAAUAUGCCUCGUUAUUUUUCACUGAAAACUUGCAAACGUGUGGUGGGUUGACAUUUAGUGGUGGAUCAUGGUCCAACAUCACCAGUAUGCAAAUUGCGCGAAGUAUGAGGUUCCCGCAAACAAAACAAAAAGGGAAUGGUGAUUAUAAAUUUGCCAUUUAUACGAGUAAGCAUUGCCAUUAUUCGGUGGUCAAGGGGGCAAUUUUGUUGGGGUUGGGCAGUGAAAAUGUGUUCAAGGUUGAUGUGACAAAGGAAGGGACUUUGAAAGUGGAUGAUUUAGAGCGGACGAUUGAACAAUCAAUCAAGGAUGGGUUUACUCCCCUCUAUAUAAAUUCCACUGCUGGAACUACCGUGUUUGGAUCAUAUGAUCCAUUUGCCGAAAUUGCCAAGGUGGCCAAAAAGUAUAAUAUCCAUUUCCAUAUCGAUGGAUCAUGGGGUGGUAAUGUUGUGUUUUCUCCCACUUAUAAAGACCGAUUAGCCGGUAGUCAAUAUGCCGAUUCCAUUACUGUUAACCCGCACAAGAUGUUGGGUGUACCUACAACGUGUUCGUUUUUGCUCAUUCCACAUGUGGCCCAUUUCCAAACGGCAAUGUCAUUACAAGCACCCUACUUGUUUCAUGGCAGGGACAACGACGAUGACGAAAAUUACGACUUGGCUGAUGGAACAAUGGGGUGUGGACGUCGAGCCGACAGUUUCAAGUUUUAUUUGGCCUGGUUGUACUAUGGUCAGAUUGGGUUCCAGCAUCGGGUCGACCAUGCCUACAAGAUUCAAGAGUAUUUUGUUGACAAGAUUAAAUCGAACCCUGAUACAUUUGAGUUGGUGGGUCCGCAAAAUCCACAGUGUUUACAAGUGUGUUUUUACUAUCAUCCACCUAGUGUUAAGGACAAAAGCGGUAGUAGUAAUACUGAAGUGACGAGAUAUAUUUCGAGAGAGUUGCACAAAUUGGGUAAAUACUUGGUUGAUUUCAGUCCUAAUCCCGAAGAUGAGUCACAGGGGGAGUUUUUCAGAGUUGUUUUCAAUUCACCUAUUUUGAGUGAUAAAGUUGUUGAUGAUUUGAUUGACAGUAUAGUCAAAGUCGGUCAGGAGUUGAAGUAA